GUGAACACAGGCUACACAGCUGAUACUGAACACAUAACUAAGCUCCGACAGUGUGAUCAGGAACAGACACGCUGCUGACUGUACACUAUACUGCUUAUUACAUGACUAUUUACCUCUUAAGUAAGAGAUGUCAUCUGCCAGUGAUUCAAUGAUAGAAAAGCUUCUGUGUUGUAUCUGCAUGGAUGUGUUGAAUGAUCCAGUCAGCACUUCAUGUGGACACAACUUUUGCAGGAUCUGCCUGAAUACAUACUGGGAGAACAAUCCAUACUGCAGAUGUCCAUACUGUAAUAAAACAUUCACGCAGAGACCUGAUCUUAAUAUUAAUACAGCACUCAGAGAAGUUGUAGUUCAUUUUAUGGAGAAAACUGCUGAGAAACCUGAAGUCCUCUGUGACAUCUGUGAUGAAGUAAAGCUGAAGGCUGUGAAGUCCUGUCUGGUGUGUCAGAGCUCUUACUGUGAAACUCAUCUGGGCCGUCAUUUGACAGUGACAGGUUUACAGAAACACAAACUAAUUAAUCCUGUGAAUAAUCUGCAGGAUUAUAUAUGUCAGAAACAUGAGAGACCUCUGGAGCUCUUCUGUAGAGAUGAUCGUGCACACGUGUGUCUCAUCUGUACUGUCACAGACCACAAGAAUCACAACACUGUGACUUUAGAAGAGGAGAUAAAUCAGGAGAAACAUCUAAAAAGCUGGAAACAUCAGCAAAAGUCUCCAUUUGAUUUCCAUUUAAUGCCACUGCUGGUUGAGAAAGUCAAAUCUCGUAUGUGGUUUCUUGUUGUUCCUGUGGGCAUCUCCCUGCUGAUGUUCUUCUACUUUUCUUCUUCUACUGAAUGUGAGAUUCUCAGUGUUGGAAAACUUAGUGAAGCUGAGUUAAAGAGAAUGCAGAAGUAUGCAGUGGAUGUGACUCUGGAUCCUGAUACAGCAAAUCCAUAUCUCACCCUGUCUGAUGAUAACAAACAAGUGAGAUAUGGAGACAUCAAGCUCAAACUCCCAGACAACCCAAAUAGAUUUGAUUAUUAUUUAUCUGUCCUGGGAAAGCAGGGAUUCUCAUCAGGCAGAUUUUAUUAUGAGGUUCAGGUGAAGGGAAAGACCAACUGGAUUUUAGGUGUGGCCAGAGAAUCUGUUAACAUAAAAGGAGUGACCCAAGUGACACCAGCGGAUGGAUUCUGGACUGUAACUCUGUGGACUGAGAAUGAAUAUAAAGCUAAUACUGGUCCUGAUAUUUUUCUGUGUCUGAAAGUUAGUCCACAUAAGGUGGGUGUGUUUGUGGAUUAUGAGGAGGGUUUGGUCUCCUUUUAUGAUGUGGAGUCCAGAUCUCAUAUCUACUCUUUCACUGAUCAAUCUUUCAAUGAGAAACUCUAUCCAUAUUUUAACCCAUGUACUGCUGAUAAAGAUAUAAACUCCUCCCCAUUAAUCAUCACACCUGUCAAUAACAAUAAAUAAAUGUACAUAUAUAUUAAGUGUAAAAUACUACAGAUCUCAUACUCAGACUAACAUUUUAUCGAUUUUUUAAACAGAUGACAAUAAUAUAUAUAUUUUUGGUUACACUUUAACAUAAGGUUGUAUUUGUAAACAGUUCUGUAAUGUAUCUAUAAUGCAUUAGCUAACAUGAACUAAGAAUGAACAAUACUUCUACAGUAUUUAUUAAUCUUUAAUUUCACCAUUUACUAAUACAUUUAUCAAAUUAAGUGUUGUAACUGUUAACAUUAAUUAACGCACCAUGAAUUAACAUGAAAAACUGA